AGGUGGCAGUUUUUGCCGUGGCGCCCGCGCUGCUGUGAAGAUGCUGGCCGCGGGCUACGCGAUAAAGGGAGGCGGCACCGCGGGGAAGUCCCAGCUGAGUAAUCGCGGCCGCGAGCGGAGUGUGUUCUGGGACGCCGCUGUGUCGGCGUCGGCCAGGGAGGCGUGAGGAGGAGCCGGGCGUCUGCAGCCGUUCUCGCCCUCGGCGCCCCGCCGCCAUCUCCACCAUGCAGUCCCGGGAAGACGCCCCGCGCUCUCGCCGCCUCGCCAGUCCCCGCGGCGGGAGGCGGCCCAAGAGGAUUUCCAAGCCGUCGGUGUCGGCCUUUUUCACGGGCCCGGAGGAAUUAAAGGACACGGCCCAUUCUGCAGCCCUCCUGGCACAGCUCAAGUCUUUCUACGACGCGCGGCUGCUGUGCGAUGUGACCAUCGAGGUGGUGACGCCUGGCAGUGGGCCCGGCACGGGGCGCCUCUUCUCGUGCAACCGCAACGUGCUGGCGGCGGCUUGCCCCUACUUCAAGAGCAUGUUCACGGGGGGCAUGUACGAGAGCCAGCAGGCCAGCGUGACCAUCCACGACGUGGAUGCCGAGUCCUUCGAGGUCUUGGUGGACUACUGCUACACUGGUCGCGUGUCGCUGAGCGAGGCCAAUGUGCAGCGCCUGUACGCGGCCUCAGACAUGCUCCAGCUGGAGUAUGUGCGUGAAGCCUGUGCUUCCUUCCUGGCUCGCCGACUUGACCUGACCAACUGCACUGCCAUCCUCAAGUUUGCCGAUGCCUUUGACCACCACAAGCUGCGAUCUCAGGCUCAGUCCUUCAUAGCUCACAACUUCAAGCAGCUCAGCAGGAUGGGCUCCAUCCGGGAGGAGACGCUGGCAGAUCUGACGCUGGCCCAGCUGCUGGCCGUCCUGCGUCUGGACAGUCUGGAUGUAGAGAGUGAGAAGACUGUGUGUCAUGUGGCGGUGCAGUGGCUGGAGGCUGCUCCCAAAGAGCGGGGCCCCAGUGCUGCUGAAGUCUUUAAGUGUAUUCGUUGGGCACACUUCCCUGCACAAGAGCAGGACUACCUAGAGGAGCUCCUGACCAAGCCUAUUGUGAAGAAAUACUGCCUGGACAUUAUUGAAGGGGCCCUCCUGCAGCUGCGAUUUGAUGAUGGUUUGCCCAAGGCUUUGGUUCGGGUGCCAAGCAGCAGCAGUAACAGUAGCAGCAACAAUAGCAAUAGUAAUAACAACAAUGACACCAGCAAUACUAUUGUCCCUGUAGAAAAAAGUGCAUCCCAUAGGUUAGGGAUGUGUGUCAAGAGAAUGAUGGUUUUCUUUGGACACCCCAAACAUCUCUUUCUCUCUUGUGACCCAUACUCUGAGGAAAUUUACAAAGUGUCCUUGCCUGUGAGUUGCCUUGCACACACUAGAACUCUCACCACCUUAGCUGUCUACGACCAUGACCUCUAUCCCACUGUUCAGCCCAGGAAAGUUAUAUGGGUAUAUAAGCCAGCCCAAAGUAAUUUGCAGCAAUUGACUGGCCACUUUCUGUGUCCAGAAUGUAUGGAUGUUACAUAUUUGAAUGGCUACAUUUACAUUUUGGGUGGACGAGACCCUGUUACUGGAGCCAAAUUAAAGGAUGUGGAAUGCUACAGGGUCCAGAAGAACAAGUGGCCAUUAGUGGCUCAACUACUACAUUCCUUUACAUCAUUUGACUUAAUGGUGAUUCUGUGUUCUCUGCAGUACACAUUUGCUAUGUAGUGGUGCAAGCCAUAUUCUGUGGCUGAAGUGUGUUUCUCUGAAGCUCAGUGACUUUUGCGAAGCCUGUGUCUUCAAUGAUGAGAUCGCCUGUAUCAGUAACAUCCCAGUCAUAAAGAUAUACAAUCCACUUAGUGCAGAAUGGAGACAAAUUAAUAUGCCUUUCAUAGUAGGGACUAGUGGUUAUUAGAUUAUCACACAUGACCAAAAACUGUUAUCACCUCAUAUACCCUUGUACAGUUGAAAAAACACAGGGUGACUUUGUAUGACAGUUGAGAAAACCAGUAAUAUAGGUUCCACAUUAGGCCUCUUGAGGUUUGACCUUUUAUCCGUGUGUGUGUGUGUGUGUGUGUGUGUGUGUGUGUGUGUGUGUCUCAGCCCAUGUGUUCCACAUUAGGCCUCUUGAGGUUUGACCUUUUAUCCGUGUGUGUGUGUGUGUGUGUGUGUGUCAGCCCAUGUGUUUCUGCUUUGAACCUAGUGAGUUUCCUGACUGAACAGAUAUUUAGUGUAUUUAGUUUUACUUGGGACUUAGGCAGGUUAGAAUUUUUUUUUUCAGAAAGUUCAAAUUCUUUUUAUGAUGAAGAUUUUGGUAUAGAUAGUAGAUCAGUGAAAUUUACAAGACCAGCAAUGUUUGUUAUAGUUCCGUAGAAAAUUCUUGAGAAAGGCACCUUUACCUAUUCAUAAUGUUAUAAGGGAGUUAAUUUGAAAAUUUGGUUUAGAAGAAAUACAUUGAAAUAUAUAAUUCAAUGUGAAAAAUGUAGCACUCUAGUUAUUUAACUUAUUGAGCUCCAAAUCCAGAGAUUUGCUAUUAUGUUUAUAUUUCAUUAUAUUAAUUUAUUUUUUACAUUUUAUUUUGUAGUUAGUGCUACAAAUGCUGUAAGGUUUUAAUUUAAAAUUUUUUAUGUUAGAAACGUGUAUAAUAAUUACUAGCUAGUGUUUUUGAAGAUAAUAUUUUUCAGAACAAUGUAGUAGGUUUUCACAGUGUUAAACUGCCUGCCUGUCCAUCCAUCAUCUAUGUAUCUAUCCAUCUAUCAUCUGUCUAUCUAUCUAUCUGUCUAUCGUUUAGAAGUGACUUGUAUCCAUCCAUCCAUCAUCAUCAUCUAUCUAUCUGUCUAUCUAUAGUUUAGAAGUGACAUCUAUCUAUCUAUCUAUCUAUCUAUCUAUCUAUCUAUCUAUCUAUCUAUAUCUAUAAUUUAGAAGUGACUUGGCUCCGAGCAAGGAUAUACUGACUGCACACUCUUGUUUUGUUCUGUAUGUUCUGAAUGUUCUGUAUGAGGUUUGCCAAUCUUACAAAAUUCCACAAAGCUUUAUGUAGGAGCCAUCAGAUCAAAGAUCAAUAUGAACUGUUAUGUUUAAAAUGGUAUGAGUCAGAGCUGACCACCAGGCAUCACUUCCUUUACCUGCAUAUGAACUUGUGGUUUUUGUGGUUUUUUUCCCUUAUAAGCUGACAGAAAGGGAUAUCCCAUUGUUACAGUUCAGAUAAUUCUGAACUAUGUCUCCAGUCUGGUCAUUCAAUAAACUCAUUGCUUAGCUAAGAUCAGUGUUCUUAUGGUUUGUGUGGUGAUUCCUGAACCCUAACACUAAGUUCUGCUUUCUUUGGAGAUCAACAAACAGCUAUCUGCUUGAGACAGCUUUUUUCCAAUUCUCUCUC